AUGGUGUCUCAGUUCCAUACGAACAAUAACAAAUUAGUUCUCAAGAAUUCCAAUUCUAUGAAAGUUUUUGAAUGUUUAAAGUUGAUGAAUGAAAAAGAAAAAAUGCUAGAAGAAUACAAAGAAGAAAUUUGUUUACCUGAUAAUUAUUAUAAACGAAAAAAUCAAGAUUUAAAAGCAAAAAUUAUACAAAGAUUACCAUUGAUACGUAGAAAUUCCGUCAAACUAGAAGAUGAAUCAUCAUUUACAAAAUAUGUCACGUGUAAUACAAUGGAAAAAGAGAAAUAUUCAGUUGAUGACAACAAUAGAGACGUAUUUGAAAAUAAUAUAUGUGAAAGAAUGAGAGGUGGUGGAGUUAAUAAAGAACUAGAAAAAUUAUCUAUUUCACCAAUAUCGCCAACAAAAAUAUCUAUAAAAGAUUUUUGUAAACCAAAUCAUGAAGAAAAUCAGCCUGGAUGUGGAUGUUAUGGAAAGUCUGAGGCAAUAACCAUGAAAAGUGGACUUGGAUGUAUAAAUACACCAUGUAUUGAUAUAGAUUGUUUGAUACAGAAAUUGAAAGAAGCUCAAGAGUUUGUAAACUCUCUGGGUAAAGUACCAGGAAUACAAGGAUUAGGUUUAAUGGAUCCUGCUGACAGUCCUUAUUUUAAUAGAAAUUGUCAAAAUUUAGAUACAACUUAUACUAACAAACAGUUGUCUUUGUCAAAUGAACAAAAACAAUCUAAUCUUGUAGAAUAUGAUGAAUCUGUUCCAAUAGAAAAGAAAGAAGUUAAAUAUGGACCCUGUGGCAAAGUAACUUGUAUGUCGAAAAAGGCAAAUUUUGAAGAUGAUGUCUUACAAUUUCCUGAUUUGUCAUCUACUCAAAAUUCAUCGUUGAAAAACAUAAAAAAGACAAAAUUACAGAAAAAUAAAUCUAAAAGCUCAAAAAAACACUCUAAAACAGUGUCUAAGAGUCAAAGUCUUGAUCUAAGACCCAAUUAUGUUCACAUAAGUAAAAAAAUUAUGAAAUUAGUAAAUUCAACUAGACCACGAUUCUAUUAUGGUCAUAAGAGUUGUGUUGAUGUAAGAAUGCGUGUGCCAGGUAAUAUGGGAUGGCUUUGGAAUACACGAGAGACCAUUGGUAAAUUAAAACCUCAAGUUGGAUGGAAACCAGGUGCUAUAUCUCGUAAUGCUUGGAACUCAUUAGAAGACGCCAAAAUAGAGAGAACUUCUGAAGAUAUGAGAGAUCGUCCGUCGACACCAGUUCGUGGAAAGAGAGCUAAAGGAACAAAGAGAAAACAUUUAUUUUUUCCCAGCAAACAUUAUUGGGGUCAAAGAGCUAGAGACGAUGAAUAUCAAUUACCUCCAACUCUUCAUAUUCAUCGAAAAACUGGAGAUUACUAUGUAACUUUUUAUCCAAUCAAUAAAGAACUAAUAAACAAACCUGAAGAACAACAAACAAUAAAACCUUUACACUUUCAUAUAAGAAAAAAUAAAAAUCUUGAUUUUUCGGAUGACUCCAGCUCUACCGCAUCUGAUAUGGAAAUUGAAUUUUCUCCACCCGCAGCAACUACGAGAUAUCAAAAAAAAGUUGAUACUCGUGAUGUUGAUACAUUAGUAUAUCAAAAUGAUAUUACUGAAUCUAUUAAAGAAAUACUUCCAGAAAUUCAGUCCAAGAAAAAGAAGAAAACCAAGAAAACGAAAUAAUCAA